AUGUCAAGAUAUAUAAAUCCUUGGCUACAAAAGAAAAACCGAGAAUCCGUGGAGGUUCGUAAUGAUGUUACCAAAAAGGAUGAAGAAGACCCCGAUACAAAAAUCAAAGAUUCUAUGAAUACGGAAGAAAAUAAUAAUUCGCAAUCAACGAAAUCUCCAAAUAAGGACCGUAAAUCAAUUAGAUCUUUGUUUUCAUCAAAAAUACCUUUGUCUCUUCAUCCAAUUCGAAUUCAAUCCAUCAAGGAAAUCAAAUCUCAGCGAUACUCCGAAGCGCUCACUUUAUUGGAUCAGCUGAUUGAACUCUACUCUAACAAUUAUUACGUUUUAUACGAUAGAGCAUUGGUGUAUUCGAAGAUGGGUAAAAAUAAUUUGGCGUUAAAGGAAGUGGAUAAGGCCAUAAAAUCCGAUCCCACAAGAACAGAUGCAAAUUAUCUUUGCGGUGAAAUUCAUUUUGCUCUAGGAAAUCUGGAGGUAGCAAGAGAAACGUUCAACAAGGCUCUUACAAAGGAUCCUGAUAAUCCACAUGCUGUCAAUGCAUUGAAAUCUCGAGCGAUUCUCAAUAAAAAUGUCGGAAAAACCAAAAAUGCGAUUACCGAUUUAGAAAAGUAUUUGAUGAAGAUUAACUACUCUGAUAGAGACAGCGUAUUUCAAUGCGGCAAAAUUUAUUUAGACGCAAAGGAAUACAGCGAAGGAUUGGAAUUCCUGAUGAAUAUUGUAAGGGACGAUGAUACUUGCGAGCUAUUUAUAUUAAGUGGUAUCUUUGCUCAGAAGAUGAAAAAAUUUGAGCUUGCUGCAGCUUAUUUUAACACGGCUCACGAGAAAAAUCCGGAUAACUCAUUGGUCCUUGUGAGACGCGCAAAAAUUAAUUUUCUCACAAAAGAUUUCUCAUUAGCACUAAGCGAUCUUGAGACAGCCUCGAGUCUAGGUCAUAAAGCUGACUCUUCGUUUCUUAGAAAACGCGGUAAAGUCUAUUACGAACUUAGACAGUACAAUAAAGCUCUUUUGGACAUUAAUGGAGCAUUGGAAUUACGCAAGAAAUCAACUACCUAUACUAUUCGUGCAAAAAUAUUUAAAAUGUUUAACUGUGUCGACAGAGCUUUGUCAGACUUGGUAAAAUCCUUGGAGAUGGAUCCUGGCAAUGAAAAAGCAAAAUCUUUGAGAUUAACUUACACUGAAUCUGCAAAUAGACAUAACAAACAGCUAGAUGUAUUAAAUGCUCAACUCGAGAAUGCUUUUGAUGCGAAAUUACUUGUCAAGCGAGCUCGUGUAUAUCGCUCAAUGAAACGCUACGAUGAUGCACUAAAUGACCUUAAAAAUGCUGCACUCGAUGAUGCCACUGUGCAUAUUGAGUAUGGAGAAAUUUACAGAAAUCUAUCGAAUUUCGAAAGAUCCCUGUAUCAUUUAUUCAUAGCGUUAGAUAAAGAUCCACAAAGUGAUCAUAUACAAAGAUUAUUGGGAAGAGUUUAUUACUAUAACAAUAACUUUCAAUAUGCUAAAUAUUUUUUAAAAAAAUCUUUAGCAAAGAAUGACUUUUCAUCAGCCUAUAGAUAUCUUGGAAAAACCGAGAUGUUACUUGGAGACCCUUCGAAAGCCAUAGAAAAUUUUAACAAAGCAUUAAAAUCGAAACCGGUUGAUCCGGAUGUUUUAAUAGAACGUGCUGAAGCUCGCGCACAACUUGAAGAGUACGAAGAGUCCCUUAAAGACUUGGAUCAGGCAAUGGAAUUUUCAUACGAGAAUAAAGUGAUUUAUGAAUCAAAGGGAUUAGUUUAUGCCAGACUUGGAAGAUAUCAAGAAGCACUCAAAUGCUUAAAUGUUUCCAUCGCAAUACAUUCUAAAGAUAAUUCGUCACCAAGUGUUAGUACAUUCUUGGUUCGAGCAAAAAUCCUUCUCAGAUCAAAUGAGUAUUCCAGUUCGUUGUUAGAUUACAACAAAGUUUUGGAACUUGAUCCAAACAAUGCCGACGCAUUGUUCAAUCGAGGAAAUCUUAAUUUGAAGAUUUGUAAGUACCAAGAGGCCUUGGAUGAUUUUAACAAUUUAUUGGAAAAGAAAAAAAUAAUUCAUGAAAGUAGCGAUGAAACACUCGUCGAUAAACAAAAUGUUAUAAAGAAAUUAUUAUGUCUAAAAGCCGAAUCCUACUAUCACCUGAACAGAUAUGAGGAUGCCAUGUUUAGCCUUGACGCAGCUUCUAAGGUGUCUAUGCAUUCGCGAGUGAGUCUUUCGAUCGAUUUCUCGUCCAUAUUUCCGAUCCACAAAGAAUGUUCCUAUUGUUCGAUUCACAUACCACUUCUCAAUGCAUAUGUAUUUCGAGCCAUCAAGGAAUACGAAAAAGCUUUGUCUUAUCUCAACAAAAUAUUAUAUCCAAACUUGGGCUGCAAUGAUCUGGAAGAGAAUGAGGAGUAUCUGAACUUGAAGCAAAGGGUUUUAGGCCUUAGAGGUUCGAUUUAUUGUGAUCUGGGAAAAUACGAGAAGGCAUUGGUGGACUUUGAUGCGGUGUUGGAAAAUGAAGAUAAAGAUAUUCAAAGUUGGAGGGUUUAUUGCGAACGAAGUAAGAUUUUGCUUCAUGUAGGAAAUGAAGAAAAGGCCUGGAAGGAUUUGAAAAAGGUUUUAAUUGUUGACUUGUAG